AUGAUGAUAUACAAGGAUGUCGGUGUGAACGGAGGCAUUGAGCUAGAUAGGUGGCACAUCACGCAUGGUGAUGCCAAAAAAGCAAUGGUUCAGGCAAGCAUCUACGCUCACACACUUUCUACGACGGUCGUCAUGAAGGCUAAACGAGGACCAUUCGGCGGCGCUGGUUUUUUGGGUUCUUUAUCGGAUUGCCUGGACCAUUGGAAAGAGGUCGUUCGCGGGCGUCCUGAUCCAGUCUUCAAUUUUUUCUAUCCGUGGAUCUCCGAGGACCUUGGGCAAAAUGAUGUUGUCGAUUACGGGUCCGCGAAUCACAAACAGCAGAUCUUCGAUAUAGCCGUCGCGCACCCCAUUGUCAAGAACGUUGGCGCGGAAACGAAACAUGCCAGAUGGUUUGCGUGGUUCAAGGCGUUUCGAGAAACGUUGAGUGAGGGCUGGAGCGUGUUAUGUAUGGCAAUCUGGUGGCCGUCCCCGGAUGCGAUGGAGGCGAUGGGGGCCAUGUAUGUUGCGAACUCUCACAUAGAUGUCGACGCAGACUCUCCUCAGGACGACGGUGCUUUGACAGCAGAAGCGAAAUCAAGUUCCAUGAAGGCCAGUGCCGAGGAGAUAAAACUCAAGAGAGGCAUGUUCAGCCACACGUUGCAAUUUUCAGGCAUGGUUCUCAUCAACCGCAAGGUGAAAUACAUCUGCGAUAUUGCUUGUUAUUUGAUCCGUCCUGCAGAGGAGUACCAGGCCAUUGGGAUCACUCAGUGCAAAACCACUCUGGGGCUCGAGCAUUACUACGUCUGCGCAGCGAGUGGGUUUCAUUUGCAGGUCUUGCAAGAGAUUGUUGAGCGGUGCGUUGAUGUCCUCUCUCAGGUGAAAGGUUUGCGCUCCCAUGUGACUUCAAGCGAGGAUUCGCAUAAACGAGCUCGGUCGUUGGCCACGACGGCGUUCAGGCUGAUGCUUGGCUUUGUAAGCAUGCACUUCGCUAGCCGAUCAAUGUACACUCAUGGGCUUCCGUUUCGUGCUCUGCAGCUGCUUUCCAAGGACCCGGGCGAACGGCAGUCUUGUUUGACGUGGCUUGAGUCUGUCGCGAAAGUGUUGGGCGAUCUUGAGAAAGCAAUGGCGGUCGAGACAGAUGGUUUUUACAAAUCGGUCCAUAAAAAGUUGGUGUGGCCUUCAAUGCAGUUUCCCCGUGAAAUGCUGUUGCUUCUCGAAUCGUGCGAGUUCGCUGGCGUGCCCGUGGAAGAAGUGCAGAAACCCUUGCGAGAGUUUGCGACGAGUUGGGGCGGCACCAAGGUAAUCUAA